GCGGUGCAUAGUGGGAGUAUCCGUGCGAUGCUGAAUCAGUGCAGGAGCGGAGGAGCAGAGGAGGCUGAAAAUGGUGCAGCAUCAACUAGGGGAAGAGGCGCAGCGGUCGCGCCAACGGAAUUAUGCGGCUCUCCUUAAACUCUCACUUUGAGAUUUUACUCCGACGACAGAAGAACAGGUAAAUGGCAGGGUUUGGUAAAGUUCUGGCCAGCCGAUGCAGUGCGUAGGGCCCGUUGUCCACGGCGACGAAAACAUGAACGGGGCGGGGGAGCAAGUCGACAUCUUGCCCCCCAACUGCUUGGUGAAAGAGCGCUGGAAAGUGCUGAAGAAGAUUGGGGGUGGAGGGUUCGGGGAGAUAUAUGAGGCCUGCGACCUGUUGUCACGGGAGAAUGUGGCUCUUAAAGUGGAAUCCGCCCAACAGCCCAAACAAGUGCUAAAGAUGGAGGUUGCUGUGCUAAAGAAACUACAAGGAAAGAAUCAUGUUUGCAAAUUUAUUGGAUGUGGAAGAAAUGACAAGUUCAAUUACGUUGUCAUGCAGUUGCAGGGAAGGAAUCUGGCUGAUCUCAGGAGGAGUCAGCCUAGAGGGACGUUCAGUAUGAGCACGACUCUACGGUUGGGGAAACAGAUCCUGGAGUCCAUUGAAGCCAUUCACUCUGUGGGCUUCCUGCACAGAGACAUUAAACCUUCUAAUUUUGCCAUGGGCCGAUUGCCGUCUACCUGUAGGAAGUGUUACAUGCUGGACUUUGGUUUGGCACGACAGUACACUAAUACAAAUGGGGAGGUGCGGCCACCCAGGACGGUGGCUGGGUUCAGAGGAACAGUACGCUACGCUUCCAUUAACGCUCAUAAAAACAAGGAAAUGGGUCGUCAUGAUGAUUUGUGGUCGUUGUUUUAUAUGCUGGUAGAGUUUACUGUUGGACAGUUACCAUGGCGUAAGAUAAAAGAUAAGGAGCAGGUGGGACAGAUUAAAGAGCGCUAUGAGCACAGGAUGCUGUUGAAACACAUGCCCGCUGAGUUUCAUGUCUUCUAUGACCAUGUGCUGGAUUUGGAUUAUUUCACCAAACCUGAUUAUCAGUUGCUAAUGUCAGUAUUUGAAAACAGCAUGAAAGAGAGAGUGAUAACAGAAAAUGAGCCGUAUGACUGGGAAAAAUCUGGAACAGAUACGGCCCUCCCCACCAGCACACACACACCACCGCAACAAAACACACGGCAAACUGCUGCCAUCGUGGGGGUGGUGAAUGUGACACUUGUAACUGGUGAAUUACCGAGGGAAAACACUGAUGAUGUUCUGCAAGAUGAACAAUUAAUUGAAGAUGACCAAGAGAACGCCCCACCUGCUUUGAUACCCAGGAGGCCUAGCGAACCUGCUCCAGCCCCACCUGCUGGUGAAGGAUGGGAUGAAACUGACUUCAAUCGUAACAAACUCAGGAUCAGCAUCAGUAAGACACAAGUAGCAUCAGAGGAUGGGGAAGAGCCUGCCGGAGGAGGGAGGUCAGUUUCCCCAGCGAGGGGCGGAGAAGCAGACGCUCAGGCCCGCCCUCCAAGGUACCGGAGAGUAAACAGCCCAGAAUCAGACCGCCUGUCUGCUGCAGAGGAUAGAGGAGAUGGUGCAGAUAAACGCUCUCGUUUGGACAUGCUGGGUUCUCCAUCCAGGCACGUCUAUUCUUCCCAGCCUGCUCAGAUGUUCUCUUUAGACGCAGGACAGGGAGAAAGACUGGCCGGUGGCCGCCAUGAUGUCUCUGCAGACGGUGACCAGGAGGCCCACAGCAAUGCCUUCAUCCGCUCAGUCCCGCUGGCAGAAGAGGAGGACUUUGACAGCAGGGAGUGGGUGAUGAUUGAUAAAGAAACUGAGUUGAAAGACUUCCAUCCUGGGGCAGAGCCCACCACCUCAGGCACCACAGAUGAGGAACCAGAGGAAUUACGCCCUCUUGAGGACCAUGAGGAGAGAAGAAGAAGAGGAGCGGUGCAUGGGAUGGGUGGAGCUGAGGCUGUUGUACGACCCAAAACUCAACGUGGGAUGAUGAUUGUAGCAGAGGAGCAGGGGCUGGGACCAAGCCCCGCCCAUUCACCUUGUCACUCGUUGCCUCAAACCUGCCCAAGAAGGAGCGAGUCGGAGCCGUUUGGACCUGAUGGCCCGGAGAUCGCAGUGGCUGAACCUUCACCGUCGUCCUCUCAGAUGCGUAUGAAGCGAGUUGACUUUGUGUCCGGUGUGUUGAUGUUUGACGAUCUCAGAGAGGAGGGUGCAAAGAUUGGAGGUUCUGGCAGUGACGGAAGCCCGCGCAGUAGUGAGGGAAGUCCUGAGGGCGCUGCGUCUACCCUACUCGCCCCCGCCCACCGGGACCACGACCAGGAAGAGGGCUCACGCACGCUGGUGCUUGUGUCUGCUGGUAACGGGCAAGUCUCACCUGGAGACGGGCAGGGAACACUCGCCGCAUUGACACCACAGGGAGAGCGGCCCGUACCAGAUGAAUCCGAACCCGGUACUCUUUCCUCUGUUAUUAGGUCUGAGCCCAGACCUAUCAUCAUGACAUCUGCAGCUGUAAUCACCAGCGGUUCUUGCUCGCCGCCUUUCACCAAGGUGGAACGCACUUUCAUCCACAUCGCUGAGACAACACAUCUCAAUGUCAUGACAGCCAGACAUCGCCCGCCUGGACUGGAUGAGUUGAUACCUAAGUGUGAGGCGACGGGUGGAGAGAAAGAGGAGAGGGAAGGGGUCAGUGAACGAAAGCAAAAGGAGAGCAAUAGAGAGAGGAUUACAGUAGAACAGGAAGAGAAUGAGAGGAAAAAAGAAGAAAGUGAAGCUGAGAAUGGCAGACAGGCUGAAGAAAAGGUAAAUAAAAGUGGCAGAGAGGAAGCAGAGACUGUGUUUUUAGCUGAGUCACAUGACCAGCCAGAGACUACAGCCAUUGAAGAGGAAGUCUCCAGAGAAACCAAAAUGGAAGUCGGACCAGAAGGUGUCGUGCCAGAAGUAGACCUGCAAAGGGAACAGGAGCAGGAAGAGUGUCAAUCUCCGACCCCUGAACAAAAAAGAGAUACAGAGGUGGAGGAUGAGAAGGACAUGUCUCCACCGGAGGGGGAGUCACCCAAUAGAAAGCCACUCCCACAGAGGCGGAGCCGUAUUCCUGUUCUUAUGUCGGAGGAGGAAACGGGCUCAGACAAGUCAUCGCAGAGUCAGGAGCAGUUGCAGCGAACUCGCAAAAGCCGACAACAACAGCUGGCUCGCCUCGUUCUGGAGCGUAAACAAACACAUCUGAUUCGUUCUCGCUCCGCCUCCUCGCCCUCCCCGACACUCUCAACCACUGCAUCUGAGGAUGAAACCCACCAAUCAGACGACUCUAAGAGAGGAGAGAGAGGAGCAGAUGGGAGAAUUAGGAGCAGAAUCCCUCGGCCAGUCACACCCAUCAGGGGGUCUUCUGACCAACUGGGGGGCACGACCCUCCUGCAAACCCAGAGAUCUGUGUCUUUCAUUCAAUACAGAACCAAAAGUUAUGUCAAUCCCAGGAUUCAAAAGUCUGCAAGUCUGCACACAAAUAUCCAUCAGCAGCCACCUAAACCUCAGCUCCGCCCCUCUAAAACACUUCCACCCCGUCCUCCAUCUUCAGGCCCCUCCCACUCACAGGGAAGUCGGACCGUCACACGUACAAUUACUCGUACCUUAACUCUUAAUUCCACUCGAAGCUUUAGCACCUCCCCUCGGAGCCACGCCACCUCUCGCACCGACAGCCCCUCGCCUCAGCGCAUUCGCCGACAGCCUAUAGCCAAUGAAACACAACGACAGCCCCAGCAGCCCAGACCUCCUUGCCCGUCGCAGUCCAAAUCCAAACCUCAGGACUCCACCCCCAAAAAGAGCAAAACCCACCCAUCAACCUCAUCUCAAAAAGCGAAGAAAGACCCACCGGACUCAAAGACUACAACGAGAUAAUUACAAUGCAUUGAAGGACUUCAUUCCGCUAGAUGAUCUUCAUCCUCAGCAUCAUCAUCACAAUCACAAUCAUCAGUGUUGGACUGCACCUCUCAUAACACACAACAGAUUCAACCAACCAUGUUCGUUAUUCAGCCAAGUGACUGCAGCAGCUACUGAAAUACCUCUGAUGAGGAGAACCUCUGACAUUUAUUCACACAGUGAGUGUACAAAACUGUGUGAGGGGAGAGCGAGUUGUCAUUAAUGAAGUGUGUUGGACUGAUGAACACACCUCAUAUGCCUUAAACCUGCAAAGGAAAUAAUUGCUGCCAUCACAACAAAGCUUCCACAGGCUCUAUCCUUCUGUCCAUGGCGCUAAUGCCACUAUCAUGUUCAAUAAUACAAUCAAUCACAUUGUAUAAGUUAGAAUCGGGUUUUACUGCAGCUUUAAAGCUUUUAAAUGCAUUACUGUACAUGCCAUUUAUUUUAUUUGAUUAUCACUUCCCAAACUGUUUUUGACUAACAUCACAAUAUCAGAAACUGGAAAAAAGAUAGCUUUAUUUAAACUUACAAAAACCUAAAAUGUAUCAAAUGUCCCAAAUGUACUGAUUACUUAUCUAGUUGGUGUUUGGGACAGCCUUUUAUAUCAACUCAAGUCAAUUACUGUGUGCUAAAAUUUGUAUUUAUCUCAAACAUAAUUAUAAUAAUCAUAUGCACCUAAACUUGGUAGUUCUGUGCAGAAUAUGCUGGGGGGAAAAUGUCAUAUGGUACAUAAAUCUGGUAUUAAUACCUAAAUUUAAUCUUGAUGACUAACGUUGCUGCUACAGUGUGAUGUCAAUCAUAUAAUCAUCUUGGGCCCGCCGACUGUCUGUGUUUCUCUCUCUCUGAUCAAUUCAUCCGUGACACUCGUCUGCUAAAUUUAUAACCGGAUCCCGGACCAGCGGUAUGCAUUUGGAAAUGCUCGUUCUGUUUAGUGUCUGUUGCAAAACUGUAGAUAAUGUAAGCAGUACUUUUGAAAAACAAAUUUAUAUUUUUGUUCCAAAAAAACAACAACAAAAGAUUAAUGGAUAAAAAUAGGAUUAACUUAGUUGCAUUUUUCUCAGUCUCAGACUGAUCUGUAUGCAACUUUUACAGUUCAAAGAACACUGGAGGAAGCUGAGUGAAGGUCAAAGAGAACAUCAAAGCUUCUCAAAAACCACACACACCAAGGAGAAUAAAGCAGCAGGAACCAAUAAUGUGUGUUAAAGCAGCAUGUCUGGGGUGUGUAAAUGUACUCUAGGAUGUUAUUUUUUAUGCAGUACUGCUACUCCCGAGUGUCUACAGCAUGUGUUCAAAGUCAGGUAAUCUGACGUGGAGUUUAAAUGACUAAGGUGCUAUAAGAGUUUUCCUUCAUGCCUGCUCUAGUCAUUGGUGUUUUUCCCCAUCCUGUGCUUGGAAUAAAACCCGAAUAUCCG